AUGUGCGACUUCAUCUUCUUUGACUCCGUCUACAAGAACGACCGGAACUUCCUCGCUGACAGCGAUAAUUUUGACGUAGAUCUCCAGCAUUUCCUGGCAGUGAUUCCGAAAUACUCCAAGACAACAUUUGGCGUUGGGUUUGCCUUCGAGUAUCGUGGCACCCUGACUCAGGACUUGACUAGGACUGACCCCAUACCUUUGGAGGUGUUUUGGAAGCACGGAGUCUUCCACUUCGGCAUUCUGGAUGUACCGGUAUUCGGACUCAAGCCAUUCUACAUGGACGAUGUCUUCUCAUGCCUCAAGACUCUCGACGCAAUGUCUCAGAGGCAGCGGGACUCUGGCAAGGCUGCGUACAUCGUGCUCAGCGCCGUUCCUUACAAUGCAGGCUGGGUGAACUACGUGGCCGAUAAAAUGAAGUGA